AUGAUGUUAGGUGCCAAGCGUAUCAACAUCCUAGACCUUCCUGCUGAGGUCUUGUUUCACAUUUUCUCGAUCGUCAAAUUCGAUUCUCCUUUUGACCUUGACGGGCUGCACUACUUUGAGAACUUGACCCAAAACACGUCCGAUAUCAAAAGUCUGCGACUUGUAUGCCGGACGUUUGCUUCUACUUGCAACCCUCUACUGUUACCAGUGGUGUCCUGUUCUCUUCUGGACCCUGAAGCUACCGACAUCAACAAGUUGGAAAAAAUCUCCCAAAAUGGCGACUUCUCGUCCUCUGUCCGAGUGGUGCACGUUCGCCUCGGUUUUUAUGAUCCUGUCAUUGCCGCCAGUCUAGGAAAUCUCGCCCUUUAUCUCUCUUGGGCCUGGGAAGAGUUUGUUACGGAACAACACGGCAUUCCAUUCGGUCGCGUCAGCAAAAUCGUCCGAGGAUGGACGUUAGAAAACCAAACCGACUAUGAGAGUUUACAGAUCCUCAGGCCAAUAUAUAACGAAUACAAGCGCCGUUACUUGCUCCAGCUGGAAUUACACAGGUCUGGAAGCGCGCUCCGUCGCCUGGCACAGGCCAUGGCCCGGAUGCCCGCCGCGACUCGAUUGGUACUUGACGACGAACAGCCCUGCGCAUCAUCGCGGCUGGGACCGCUCAUGCUUGCUAGUCUGGGCAAAGCCUAUGGCCCAAAUUACGACGACCUGUCGUGUCUUGCAGCUCCUAUGAGCUGGCUUGAUUGCUGGCAGCUCAAGACCAAGUUCGACCGCUCUCCAUUCGAUGAGUGCAGGCCGCCGAUCGAUAUACUCAUCAACUUACCAGUUAUGAUCCACCGGGCCGGCAUUAGACUGACAGGGUUUCGCGUACUUAAUCUCCAGAUUCCCAGUUACGUUCCAGCGUGGGAUAUGCUAGACAGAGCCGAGGAAAUGGCCGAUCCGGUUGAUCUCGCCAAACCUGCCGAGCUUAUCGAAGCGUGUCGUUCACUGAAAGUCCUCGAAAUCACCCCAGAAUACUGGCUGGGUGGCUGUAUGCGAUCCGGCGGAAAAUACAUGGCCGCUGCUCACAACCGGUCAUGCUUCAGCUGGCCUGUCCGGGACCCGACGCGCAGGCUGCGGCCGUGGACCCUUUUCUUCGACAUUGUGCGAUGUAUGCUCUCUGAGACCCUUCGGCAAAUUCACCUGGACUCUCCGAUCCUACCAUUCAACCCGAUCAUAGAAGGCUUUUGGCCGCCGUCGCUCGACCUCCACUUCGAAUUCGACUUUGGGCAAAGGAUGUUCGCCGACCAUCCCACCCCAGACCUUGAGGUUCUCCAUCUUUCCAACACGGAUAUAGGUGUGCCAUUUGGGCUGGGUGCUUUGUUACGAGGCGCGGGGCGGCUGCGUGAAGUGCGUCUUUCGGACGUGCAGGUUGGACCGCUUGCCAGCCUGGACGGACACCCUUCGGAAGAUGGCUGGGCCUGGCUGAUUCAAGUACUAAGGGAGGUGUUCCCUCGCAUGUACCAGAACUGGUCGGCGACAGGUAGCAGUCGGUCGGAUGUGGUACCGAGUGCAAAUCUGGUCUUGCUGGAACAUAUCAGCUGGAUGGAGUACACUGGGUCACCGACAAGGUUGGAGACACUUGCCAAGUCGCUUUUCGAGGACAAGCUAGACCAUGGCUUCACUGCGGUGGAAAACUACAUCAGGGGUGCGGCGGACAUCAAUCCUUUGGUGGAGGCGUACGAGAGGUAUCCGGUGGAUGAUUGGGAUAAUUACAGUACAUUUGCAUUUUGA